GCAGUGAAUCUCAAUCGGAGGCCGGAGGUAGCAAGGGAUGCUGAUCGAGAUCCCAACAGGUGGUGAACCGUGGGAGCCCAAGGAACAUCAAGGGACGUGGAUGAGGUUAUGUCGGAGGGUUCGAAGGUGGCUAGGAGGAGGACAUGGAGAGAAUUACUAUGAACCAGAAGGCUUUCGUCUAAAAGUCGACCUUCCUACUUUUGAUGGUUCUCUUGAUAUUGAGGGAUUUUUAGACUGGUUGUCAGAAGUAGAUCGGUUUUUUGAUUACAUGGACACUCCAAAAGAAAAGAAAGUGAAGUUGGUAGCAUAUCGAUUAAAGGGAGGUGUUGCCCUAUGGUGGGAUAAGGUUAUACGAAGUGUGUCUGAAGCUCAAAACUUAGCCCACAAAGCUAAGGUAAUGACAAAGGAGCAUCAGGGAAAAGGGGUUGAAUUUUAUCAAAAAGGUUAUAGCGCUUCUAGCUUAAAGUUUGAAGAUGACCUCACCCACCCUACACAAAGUAAGCUGGCAAUAGACAAGCCAACAGUGAAGAACACAAGCAAGAAAGCAACAGAAGAGGCUGAAGCUUAUAAGGUAUCAAAUUCCAACCCAUAUGCACAACCAAUCAGUGGAAAGUGUUACAAGUGUAAUCCACCGGGACAUAGAUCGAGUGAUUGUCCUCUUCGCAAAAAGGUGGCUUUGAUUGAGCAAGGAAAGGAUGUUAAUGAAGUUCUCUAUGAUCCAAAUGAUGAUGGAGACUAUGAGGAAGAUGAACACGAGCAAACUUAUGUAGUGAGGAAGACCAUGUUGUCACCAAAGCACUUCGGAAGGGACAAUGUUUAUCGUUUAGUCAAGAAAGGGGUACAUUACACUUUGUUGCCUUUGUCAAGGAAACCAAAAGCAAAAUCUACACCACCAAAUGUAGACAAAACAUUCUUGACAGUGGUUAAUUCAGGGAAACAAUAUCUGGAGGAGUGCAAAGAGGCCAAGAAGGUUCAUGUUUUGCUGGUGAAAGAGUUACCAAACCAAGCUGGGAAAGGAGAGCUUCCUAAGGAGGUAAAAGCCAUCCUAAGCGAGUUUCCAGAUUUAAUUUCAAAUGAAUUACCUGUUGGGUUGACACCAAUGAGGGAUAUACAGCAUCAUAUAGACCUCAUGCCAGGAGCUAGUUUGCCAAAUUUACCCCAUUACCGAAUGAGUCCAAAAGAGAAUGAUAUUUUGCAAGAGAAGGUUGAAGAGCUACUAGAGAAAGGUAUGAUUAGAGAGAGUAUAAGCCCUUGUGCUGUACCUGCGCUGCUCACAUCAAAGAAAGAUGGAAGUUGGCGAAUGUGUGUUAAUAGCAGGGCUAUUAAUAAAAUUACAAUCAGGUACAAGUUUCCCAUACCGCGGCUUGACGAUAUGUUGGACCAGCUGUACUGGGCUAAGGUGUUCACCAAGCUUGACCUUCAAAGUGGCUACCACCAAAUUCGUAUUAGACCAAAAGAUGAGUGGAAGAUAGUUGUUAGGACUCGAGAUGGGUUGCAUGAGUGGCUAGUGAUGCCGUUUGGCUUAAGCAACGCUCCAAGUACCUUCAUGAGGCUUAUGAACCAGGAUAUGUCAUUAGUGCCCAAGGAAUUUAAGUUGAUGAAGACAAAAUUCGAGCAAUCGAAGAUUGGCCCACACCAACAUUAUGCCAUUGCAGCUCCUAUUACUGAGUGUAUGAAGAAAGGGAAGUUUAGGUGGGGAGACAAAGAAGAAACAAGCUUUGUGUUGCCUAAAAAAAAGCUCUACACAGCACCAGUCUUGGCUUUACUAAACUUUGGAAAGCUAUUUGAAGUGGAGUGUGAUGCUUGUGGAGUGGCCAUUGGGGCAAUACUUUCCCAAGAGAAAAGGCCUGUAGCUUAUUUUAGUGCGAAACUCAAUGACUCUGGGCAGCAAUGGACAACAUAUAAUAAGGAGUUUUAUGCAAUGGUGAGAGCCUUAAAGAUUUGGGAAAAUUAUCUAAUUGGCAAGGAGUUUGUUCUAUACUCCGACCACCAAGCAUUGAGAUACUUGAAUAGCCAGAAAAGACUUAGCAGUGACUUACAUGCCCGCUGGUCCUCUUUCUUGCAAAAAUUCCCUUUCAAGCUUAUUCAUAAAUCUGGUUCUCAAAAUCGAGUGGCAGAUGCUUUGAGUCAAAGCACGGCACACCCUCAAACUAACGAACAGACAGAAUCAAUGAACCGUACACUUGGGAACAUGAUUCGUGGCAUCUGUGGGGAUCGACCAAGACAGUGGGACUUUGCUCUAGCUCAAGCAGAAUUUGCUUAUAACAGUGCAGUGCAUAGUGCUUUAGGUAGAUCUCCAUUUUCCAUAGUAUACCAGAAAGUGCCUAAUCAUGAUGUAGAGUUAGUGAAGUUGCCAGGAGUGAGGGGCAUUAGCACUGCAGCAGCAAACUUGGCUAACACUAGAGUUCUAAAUGUCAUCAACUCAACAGCACUAGAGUCUAAACUCAACCAGAUCAGAUUUAAUUCACAAACAUUAGAAGCAAAUGUUGCAUUCUUUCCCAGAGAGGGAAGCAAAUUGGAGGUGAGGAAUAAGAAUGUAUCUUGCAGGAUCGAUGAUGGAGGGAACUCAAGGUCUUAUGCAAAAGUUUUGAAAGGUGGAAACUCAAGGUCUUAUGCAGAAGUCUUGAAAGGUGAUGUAGAUCUUCGCCCAAAAAGGAAUGCUAGAAAAUCCUCAAUGCCUCAAAAGAUGUGGCAACCAAGGAAGCGAAAUGAGUUUGAGCAAGAAGAUUGGUAUGGACUUAAGGUUCCAGUCGAAAAGGAUGAUAUGGCCUGGCUUGAAAGGAGCUUUGUUGGUAAAGCUAGAUGCACAGAAAUUAUUAGCACAUUGCAAGAGAGAUUCAUGAUGGAGGGGUAUUUCUCUGCAAAAGUGACUCCCAUGGGUGGGAAUCUCGUUCUACUACCAUGUGAGGUUUAUGAGAAAUUAAAGCACUUGGUGGAGGAAGGGCGAAACUGGCUAGAUCAAUGGUUUACAGAUAUCCGACCGUGGUCUCCGCAUGAGGUGGCAACUGAGAGAUUCACUUGGCUUAGGUGUCAAGGAGUGCGAUUACAUAUCUGGAAAAGUAGUUUCUUUGAGACUAUUGCAUGCUUAUUUAGAAGAUUUGUUUCUCUUGAUAGUAGCACAAUCAAAAAGUCCAGAUAUGAUGUGGCAAAGAUAUUAAUCUUAACAUCUGUUCAAGAGAAUAUUAAUAAGAAAGUACGUGUCAAAGCGAGCAACUUAAUAUUUCAUAUUAAGAUUUGUGAGGAGCUGGGGGUGGACAAUAUCUUCUCACUUAAAUCAGACUACAAACUACCCGGGGAAGAUGAAUUGAAUGAUGAAGGAUGGUCGGAUGCCUCAACCGAUGAUUUUGAUAAAUUGAAUGAUAACUGGGGAGGAAUACAAGUUGAUGAAAUUAUAGAUGAGAAUGCGACGCCUUCACCGGACCUCUACAAACACCGAAGAACUCCGCGACGAAGAUUGUCGGCUAAGGAGUCUAUCGAGGAAGAUGUGGGCGGCUCCCCUCAGAGACAUCAUUGCUUUCAAGGGGAUGAAGAGACGGGUCAUAAAGGGUUGGGAGCUAACCACUCAAUGUCAACUUUAAAUUCAAAUUUGAAAUCUGGAACAGGGUCCAAAAGCUUAAUGUAUCCACCGAGUUUCAAUCCAUCUAUUAAGGUGGGCCUUGAAGAUGUCAAUGGGCCUAUGGAAAAACAAGGAGACCCAACUCAACAAAUGGAUGAGCGGCCUUUUAAACAAAACCGAAGAUCUGAGAACUUCGAAAGGGAGGGUGCUGCAAUCAAACAAUGUGUGGAUGGUGAAGAAAUUCAAGGGCAUUCGAAGGAAAGGGAUUCCAUGAUGCAAUCCAAAGAACUACUGGAAGAAGACCAAACUACCCAACCUUUUUGGGAAGGUUUGGCAAGCAAAGAUGAAAUUUUGCAAUCGAGGGUGGUAAGGAUUACUCGAAAACGAGUGAAGAAAGGAAGGAAAGUAAGGAAAAACAAAAUUAGAAUAACCAAGGGCCAGAAUAAUAGAAGAGGCACUUGUGUGGAUACUUCAUUCCCAAGGACAGACAUGCAAUUGGAAAAUGUUGAAGAUCUCAAAUCAGCCUUAGAUGUCGGAAGAAAAUAUAAUUGGAGAGCAAAAGCAGAGGAAUUGUGGGUUAUCGGACAGCAGUUGGGAUUGGUAAAUGAAAGGAAUUCGGAAGAAAUUAUUAGAACACUAGGCGAAAUGGAGAAAAGGGAUAGAGCAGUUGUGGUCAAGCGGAAAAUGCGUGUUCCAUGGGGGGAGUUAUUGACUCUAAUCAAAGAUCAAGGUGGUGGAUGCUGGUGCAUAGCUGGGGAUUUCAAUGCUAUCAGAAAUAUUGAAGAAAGAAAAGCGGAUGGAUCAACAAUGAGCCGACUGGAGAGGUUCCUGCUAUCUAGAGAGUUUUUGAUUAACUUUCCAGACAUAACCCAAAAAGGGCUCAAAAGAAACAUAUCUGAUCAUUGCCCUAUAUUGCUGAAACAAUCAUGUAUUGACUGGGGGCCAAAGCCAUUUAGGUGCUUAGAUAGUUGGCUAAACCAUGAGGAUUUUGAGCCUUUUGUUAAAGAAAAAUGGAGUAGCUAUGAUGUUCAGGGAUGGAGCAGCUUCAGACUGAAGGAGAAAAUUAAGAAUCUUAAAGGAGACCUGAAAAGAUGGAAUAGUGAAAUAUAUGGAAACAUUGAGAAGAAUAUUGAGUCUGCCAUAGAAGAAAUCUACAAGUUAGACAAGAGAGGGGAGACAAAUGGGCUCACAAAAACAGAGAUAGGGCUAAGGAACGAAUGCUUUCAUAGGUUAUGGGAAUGGAACAAGGAUAGAGACUGUUUACUUCAUCAGAAAUCAAGACAAAAAUGGCUCAAGGAAGGUGAUGCGAAUAGCAAAUAUUUCCAUGGAUGUGUGAUUAAAAGAAGGAAACAAAAUGGAAUUGAUGGCAUGACUAUUAAUGGGCUUUGGAUAGAAGAUGCUAUUAUGGUGAAAAAACUCAGUGAAGAGGAAAAAUCCAUGCUUGUUGCUGCAUUCUUUGAAGAAGAAAUCAAAGACGUUGUAUGGAGUUGUAAUGGAAAUAAGAGCCCUAGACUUGAUGGUCUUAAUUUCAACUUCAUUAAGAGAAUGUGGCCAAUUCUCAAGAAUGAUAUUUAUGAAUUUAUCUCGGAAUUCCACUCUAAAGGGAGAUUUGUGAAAGGUAGCAAUGCCUCGUUCAUCGUAUUGAUCCCCAAAAAGGAAAAUCCAACAAGCUUAACAAAUUAUCGCCCGAUCUCCCUCAUCGGAUGCAUGUACAAAAUUGUGUCCAAGCUCUUGGCCAACAGAAUGAGAAAAGUGAUGGACUCAAUUAUUAGCCCCAACCAAUCAGCUUUUGUUGGAAAAAGGCAAAUUGUGGAUGGCAUUAUCAUCACAAAUGAGUUAAUCCAUGAGGUUAAACGAAGGAAGAGGCCUACUUUAAUCUUCAAAGUUGAUUUUGAAAAAGCUUAUGACAGUGUUAACUGGAAAUUUUUAGAUUGUAUGUUGGAUAAGCUAGGCUUUUGCACAAAAUGGCAAUCAUGGAUUCAGGAAUGCUUAGCUUCUGCAUCUUCCUCAGUCUUAGUAAAUGGGAGCCCUACAGAAGAAUUUUGUAUGUCAAAAGGAUUGAGACAAGGUGAUCCACUUGCUCCAUUUUUAUUUCUUGUAGUUGCUGAAGCUCUCCAUGGUUUGAUAAUGAAGGCAGUGAAGGAGAGGAUGCUAGUAUGGGUGGUUGUGGGCUUAGGGGAGCUAGAAAUUUCCCACCUUCAAUUCGUAGACGACACCAUUAUUUUUUGUGAGGCAAGUUCAAGUAAUGUUCAGGUUGUAAAGGGCAUUUUUAGAAGCUUUGAAUUACUUUCUGGGUUGAAGGUGAAUUUUUUCAAAAGCUCCUUAUCUGGUCUUCAUGUACAAAGUGUUAAUUUAAAUAGCAUGGCUGAUAUGCUAAAUUGUUUGGUUGGCAAUAUCCUGUUCAAAUAUCUAGGGAUCCCUGUCGGUGCAAAUCCAAAGAGGCUGGAUACUUGGUCUCCUGUUAUUGACUGCUUAAGGAGGAAAUUGUCUUCUUGGCGCAGUGACUCGUUGUCCUUUGGAGGGCGUAUUAUUCUCCUGAAUGCUGUGCUUUCGAGCAUCCCGGUUUACUUCUUCUCAACACUUAAGGCACCCAAAAAGGUAACCAAUCUCUUAUCUCUUAUCCAAAGAAGAUUUUUAUGGGGAGGUAGUGAGGAUAAAAAUAAGAUUGCUUGGGUUCGAUGGAAUAAGAGAAGGAUGCCCUAUGAAGGAGAGUACUUGAGGCAAAAUAUAAGGGAGAAUGUGGUGAGGGUUGUUGGGAAGGGAAAUGAUACACUAUUUUGGUAUGAUAAAUGGGUGGGGGAGUUCUCUCUAAAAGAUAGGUUUAAUAGACUGUUUUCGCUUUCGACUGAUAAAGAAAUUGUUGUUUCGAAGAAAGGGGAAUGGAGUGAUGGUGAAUGGAUAUGGAGAUGGAGUUGGAGAAGAAAUCUUUUUGCUUGGGAAUGUGAUCUUCUACAAGAACUCAUGGACUUAUUACAAAGGAGACAACCUAGACAAGGUGGAGCAGACUACUGGAUGUGGAAUAUGGACUCUAAGGGCAAAUACACGAUGAAAUCUGCUUAUAGGAUGCUACAAUCUAGGCUAUUCCCAGGUCGCAGCAUCAACUACAAGAUGAUUUGGAACAAAAUGGUACCACUAAAGGUCUCUGGCUUUGCAUGGAAAGCUACACAAAACAGAAUUCCAACUAAAGAUAAUCUUGCUAAGAGGGGAUUGAGAAAUGUGGAGGACGAUUUAUCCUGCCCUUUAUGCGGUAUGCAACAAGAAAGCACAAAUCAUCUCCUUUUUACUUGUUCGAAAGCUUGGUCAGUGUGGUCCUCAUGUUAUAGUUGGUGGGGUCUUUACGUGGUUCAACAAAACAAAGGAUGGGAACAUCUACAACAACAUACAGGAUUAAUCUCAGAAGGGAGACUGAUGCAAGCUUGGAUGGUGGUAUGGUUUUCUACCAUUUGGAACCUGUGGAAAUGGCAAAAUCAAUACGUUUUCAUGGGAAAUAAUGCCACAGGCGAUUACAUUGUUGAAUUAAUCAAGUAUCAUUCUUUUCUGUGGCUGAAAACAAAUUUAUGGGCGAACUUAUCGAAGGAUUGGUGGCUAACAUCCUCGGCUCAGGCAUGUAAGAUGACAAAAGGAUCAACGUGUGAAGUGAUUGUGCUGUAGGUUCAUUGUGCUGUUUUGCUGGGGAGGUUUUUUAUAAGGCUUUGGAGUGUUGUUGCAUGGAUUUUGUUUUUUUACACUCCUCUUGUAAUGGGUUUGGAGUACCCCUUGUACUCUAUUUUUAAUAAUACUUCUUUGCCGAU